AGCAUGUUCCUGUUUGCAUGGUAGCAUGUUUAUAUUUGCGUGGUAGCAUGUUCAUGUUUGCACGGUAGCAUGUGUGAAUGGCAGCUGUGUUGCUCGGGAAGCCGUGAUGACGUCACAGAGAGAAGCAGCGGAGCUUGCAGUGCCGAGCUUCAUUCACUCCAUCUUCACCAUCUUCUCCUUCUUCUCCUUCUUCCCGCCACACAACACAACACAACACAACACAACACAACACAACAACUUGCAUCUCUUCUGUCAACAUCAUCAUCUUCACCAUCACCAUCAUCAUCAUCCUCACCAUCAUCAUCAUCACAGCAGCCAGAGUCCAGAGGCUUCCGGAGCAACUUAGAAGUUAAAAGGUAAACAAUCAGCGUCCACAUGAUGGAGAGCGGCGUGGUCCACGUCCACCGAGGGGGGGACCGGUGUCCAUGGGGGAUCCAGGCCGAGGAAGAGUGCACCUGGCCGGCCUCCCCCACCUCCGUCUCCCCGGCCUUGGAGAUGUUGAACGGCACGUGGGAGGAGAGCGACGCCGAGCCCAUGUCGCCCAUCAUCCCCGUCAUCGUGGCCGUGUACUCCGUGGUGUUCGUGGUGGGCCUGCUGGGGAACUGCCUGGUCAUGUACGUCAUCUUCAGGUACACGAAGAUGAAGACGGCGACCAACAUCUACAUCCUGAACCUGGCGGUGGCCGACGCCCUGGUGACCACCACCAUGCCCUUCCAGAGCGCCGACUACCUGCUGAGCUCGUGGCCGUUUGGCGAGGUGGCGUGCAAGGUGUUCAUCUCGGUGGACUAUUACAACAUGUUCACCAGCAUCUUCACGCUCACCAUGAUGAGUGUGGACCGCUACGUGGCCGUCUGUCAUCCCGUCAAGGCGCUGGACUUCCGCACGCCCGUCAAGGCCAAGAUCAUCAACGUCAUCAUCUGGGCGCUGUCAUCGGCCGCCGGCGUCCCCGCCAUGGUCCUGGGAAGCACCAACACCAACAAUGGGACAACAGAGUGUGCCCUCCAGUUCCCGGAGCCGUACAGCUACUGGGACACGCUGAUGAAGAUCUGCGUGUUCAUCUUCGCCUUCGUGCUGCCCGUCAUCAUCAUCAGCGUCUGCUACACGCUGAUGAUCCUGCGCCUCAAGAGCGUCCGCUUGCUGUCAGGAUCCCGCGAGAAGGACCGCAAUCUGCGGCGCAUCGCUCGCCUGGUCCUGGUGGUGGUGGCCGCCUUCGUGGUCUGCUGGACGCCCAUCCACAUCUUUAUCCUGGUCAAGGCUCUGUCGCCGGACGUUCCCGAGACCACGCCGGUCAUGGCGGCCUACUUCUUCUGCGUGGCGCUGGGCUACACCAACAGCAGCCUCAACCCCAUCCUCUACGCUUUCUUAGAUGAGAACUUCAAGCGGUGCUUCAGGGACUUCUGCUGCCCCGCCGCCCGAAGGGACUGCCAGGGUGUGAGCCGGGUGAGGAGCACCUUGAGGGACCACUCGUGUCCCCGGGAGGCCCCCGGAGACUCUGGGCAGGCUAGGCCCGUAUGACUAGCUAUGGACGCGUCCUCGCCCCACGGCCCCGGCUGGGAAGACUCCAACGACCUGGGCUUGACUCAGAUCACCACAGCCAUCUGAGCGUCUGGGAUGUGGAUGAUAAUGAAACACCUGACACUGUUUAGUCAAACUUUUCAAUGGCUCUCAAAUACGGUCAUUUUGGGGGGAAAUGGUUAAUGUCAAUGAUAUGAGACAAAAAACAAAACAAAACACUUCUUUAAACCUCUAAAGCAGGGGUCGCCCGUAAGGACCAGAUGAGUCGCCAGCUGGCCUGUUCUAAAAAUAGCUCAAAUAGCAGCACUUACCAGUGAGCUGCCUCUAUUUAUUUAAAUAGUAUUUAUUUACUAGCAAGCUGGUCUCGCUUUGCUCGACAUUUUUAAUUCUAAGAGAGACAAAACUCAAAUAGAAUUUAAAAACCCAAGGAAAUAUUUGACAGUCUUAGUCUUCACUUGUUCAAAUAAAUUCAUUUAUUUUUUUACUUUGCUUCUUGUAACUUUCAGAAAGACAAUUAUAGAGAAAAAAAUACAACCUUAAAAAUUAUUUUAGGAUUUUUAAACACAUAUACCUUUUUACCUUUUAAAUUCCUUCCUCUUCUU